UUUUGCUAUCACCUGGCCCCUGUCGUCAAAAAAGCCCGAGCUUCAGGUACAAUCCCACCGAGGCGGGCCGGCUGCUUCCGUGCGCAACCCCGCGGCGCCGUCGCACCCACCAAACUGGACGCGUCUUUCGAGUAAGGUAGGGCGAUUUGCAGCUUCAAACCUCGACGGGGGCUUGCUGCAGCGACAGGUGUUGUUUGCGAAAAACCAACGAUGGCUUUGCCUCUCCCCUCGGGUCUCGUACCCACCGAAGUGGCUUUUCUCUGCGAGAUGGAGCUCGUCACAAUCGUCCCUCGUCAGCGGCUGGAAAGCAUCCAUCUUCUCAGCGGUGCAACUCCAGCCUUGCGACCCCCGGCACGUGCCGACUUACCGCUUUGGCUGGCACUCCUCCUCAAGAAGCAACGACGAGCAAACAUUGUUCCACCCCAGUGGCUCCAUCCAACCUCCCUCGCUAAGAUCGUACAUCAAGAAACGACACUGAACCCCGACGCCUUCUCUGCUCCCCCGCCACCUCCUGCGCGCGGCGAUGCAAGAGGCAAUGCCCGUCGACUAGGCGCGACUCUCGACGAAACCCUGUCACCGCCGUUCCUACCCUCGUGUACAGCCGACGCGCCUCCGAAUGCGCUCCCUUACCACUGGUUCGAGCUCGCCGAGGUGCUGCUGGCCCACGCAUCCGACGAUAUACCCUCUACUUCCGAGGUGAGGUCUCUCCUCAAGGACCUUCAGGAGGUACGAUCUGCCAAGAUGCGCAAGAGUACACAGGAUCUGUCCGACGGUGUAGGCGGCGUCAUGAGUUUACGGGGAGUCGGAGCGAUGGAGCUGGCUGAGAGCCGCGGCUUCUUCCUGGGCGUCAUAGAGGGCGUGCGGAAGAUCGGCGCCAGUGCGGAAGCCAGUAGGCGUGAGGAAGAGGAGGAACGAGGCAGUGGGGACGGCGAUUACGACGAAGACGAAGAUAUGCUAUGAUACCCAGCGUUUCCAACGCCAAUACAACAAAGAAAAUUUGCGCGCCUGCGCGGAUUGCUUCUACCAUGUCCAUCGUACGAACUGGGCAUGGGGAGGAACCAUGUCGGUCCAAGCUAUGCUGAUUACCCUGGUGCCUCAAGAAAUACGCUCCUGAUCCUGUCAUCAACCCAUCAAAGGACGAUCAUCCACGAGCCUGGCAAUCACUUUUGAUAGAAGACAUGUCACCGGGUGGUAAGGUGCGCGUACAUGAUCCAUAUUCUUGCUAGCUCAGUAAUGCUUCAAUAGGGCAAUGUCAAUUCGAACAAAAUCUACGGCUCUAAAGACCAUACCAACCAACCAUCUCGUUGCUUGUCUAAAUCUCCUUCACGUUUCCCUUAUAACACUCUCGUCUUCUUCGCAGGCUUCUCUACUGCUUCGUCAAGCGAGCUGCUUGGCCUCUUUGCUGUUGCCCG